AUGGGAAGAAUAUCCACUCGAAUCGACAUGUUCCUCAGCGCUGUGUCUCGCCUGCCGCUCGUGGUGCGAAUUGCAAUCCUGCACAUGCUGCACCUGUCCCAGCAGUCCAAGUAUCUCGACUUGCGAACCGAGCUCAGCGUCGCCGUCAUUCGCUCCUUCGUCCAGGACCCCAAGCCUAGGAGCGUCUCGUCCACCCAGAAGCUGCUCAACAAGGACCCGGGCGUCAAGGGCCGCAUCUGGGUUGCGCGGUACACGGUCCCGGCGCCGCCAGAGGUCGACGUGCGAGACGCGCUGCUCGCCGCCGUCGAGGGCCUCAUGGACGAGUGUCUGUCUGCGACGGCGGUGGCCGGCACCGGGGGAGAAGGACAGCAGGGCGCAGAUAAGCCUGCAUGCAGAAUCCCGGAUCUAGUGGCCGUCGAAGCCGAGUGGACGGGUUACCGGGCGUCGGCGACGUCCGACUCGAAGCUGCCACCGCAGUUAUCGGAGCGCCAGAGAUACGACGAGAUGAUGAAGGAGUGCACGUCCCCGGCGACCGUCUUGUACUUCCACGGCGGUGCACACUACCUCAUGGACCCGGCGACGCACCGACACGUGACUAGGAAGCUGGCCAAGCUCACGGGCGGGCGGUGCUAUUCGGUGCGGUACAGGCUGGCGCCGCAGAACCCGUUCCCGGCCGCGGUCCUGGACGCCCUGGUGUCAUACCUCACUCUGCUGCACCCGCCUCCGGGGGCUUUCCAUGAGGCCGUGAAGCCCGACCAUAUCGUAUUUGCGGGAGACAGCGCCGGCGGUAAUCUCUGCCUCGCACUUCUCCAAACAAUCCUCGAACUAAACCGACAGAACCGCGAAAUAACCUGGCACGGCACGGCUGUCCCCGUGCCGAUCCCCGCCGGGUGUGCCGUCAACUCUCCAUGGAUGGACAUGACGCUGUCCUCCCCCUCGUGGAAGAAGAACAGCAAGUGGGACUACCUCCCGUCGGACGACGGCCUGGACGACCGGCGGCCCCCGUGCGCGGCGUGGCCCACGACGCCGCCGCGACGCAGCAUAUACGUAGACGACGCCAUGAUCCUGCACCCGCUCGCGUCUCCGCUGGCGGCGUCGCGGUGGGCAGGCUCCCCACCCAUCUACGUCUGCACGGGCUGGGAGCUGCUCGCUGACGAGGACAGGCUGCUGGCGGCGCGGCUGGAACAGGCGGGGGUGCCGGUCGUGUUUGAGGAGUACGAGGCCAUGCCGCACUGCUUCGCGCUCGUCUUCAAACACCUCGAGGCGUCGAGGAGGUGCUUUGACGCCUGGGCCGGGUUCAUCGGGCGGGUGGUGGACGGUGCAGAGGGGGAGAGCGGUGCGGAGGGCAAAGGGACCACGGUCCAGUCGAGUUUUGUCACGGUCAAGGCCAAGACGCUCGAGGAGGUGCCGAUUCCCAAGGGGGAGUUGAGGAAGUGGUCCGAGGAAGAGGUCAAGGAGAGGUUGGUCAGACGGUGUCAGCAGCUCCUACCGGCGCGCAAAGGGGAUGAAUCUGGGACGUUGGCCACGCCGAAGCUUUGA